GUUAUCGCUACUGCCUUACAAUUGUCGACCGUUUCACGCGCUGGCCUGAGGCAAUACCGUUGCAGGACAUAACGGCAGAGACUGUAGCAAGAGCCCUUGUUCAAGGCUGGAUAGCUCGCUUCGGUUGUCCUACUGAAAUCGUCACAGACAGAGGCCGACAAUUUGAAUCCACGCUCUUUAACCGCUUAGCCGAGCUGGCAGGAUUCCAACGCCGCCGUACCACUGCCUAUCACCCGGCCUGCAAUGGGCUAGUCGAGAGAUUCCAUCGACAGUUGAAGGCCGCUAUUACCUGUCACGCCAAUAGUAACUGGGUGGAGUCCCUCCCGCUGGUGCUGCUAGGUAUACGGGCUACACACAAAGAAGACCUCCAUGCAUCGCCAGCCGAGCUAGUUUAUGGCGAGACCCUACGCCUACCAGGAGAAUUUUUCGAGCACCAAACUGACAAUGUACCGGACUUGACCGAUUUCACCCAUAGAAUACGUCAGUUCGCACGCAACUUGCUCCCAGCUCCUGCUUCCCGACACAUAGCCAAAUACCCAGUCUUUGUAUUCAAAGACCUGGCUACUUGCAAAUACGUAUUUCUUAGGGACAAUACACCUCACGGAUCAUUCCAACCGGCUUAUACUGGCCCCCAUGAAGUACUAGAGCGAGGAGAUAAGAUUUUUAAAAUCAUCGUGAAUGGGAAACCAGCGACCGUCUCUAUUGAUCGGGUCAAACCCACAUAUUCACUUCGCGAGACACACCCCGAGACCAAGACAUCCCCAGAUUAUCAAGGGCUAAAAACCACUCCUGAAACCGAACAAGAUAAUAAUAUUAGAACUACACGGUCAGGACGUAAAGUACGUUUCCCAGAUUAUUAUCGCCCGUAA